ACUUGAUUUUGGGUCUUUUUUGUUAAAAAAAAGUGACUUGAGUACUCAGAAGGGAAAUUUUUUUUUCUUUUCUUCUUUUUACAAUUGUACAUAAUGGCAGAAGGCAAGAAAUUGACCAAACGUGAAAAGAAGGCUGCCUCUUUCCGACAAAAACAAAAAGGAAAAGUCCAAGAAGAACCAAGUGCCAUUCCUGAAUCCGAUCUAGUACCUGAUGAAUCGACUGAACAACCAAAGGACGACAACAAGAAACGUAAAGUAGAAGAAGAUCAAGAAACACAGACGAAGAAGAAGAAAACUCGACGUGGAAAGAAAAAGGUGGAAGACGGUAAACGAUAUAUUGUAUUUGUUGGUAAUUUGCCUUAUGGGGCCACAAAGGAAGGAUUAGAAAAGCAUUUCCAAAGUGCAGGUGGGAUCGUCUCUGUACGUUUGAUGACUGACAAAGAAACCAAGAAACCCAAAGGUUUUGCUUUUAUGGAAUUUGAAUCAUCGAUUCAUCUCAACAAAGCACUUGCCUUUCAUCAUACCUUAUUUAUGAAACGACAGAUUAAUGUGGAACUGACAGCUGGUGGUGGUGGAAAGAAUGAAAAACGAACUGAAAAAUUAAAAAUCAAAAAUGAACGUUUACAAGAAGAAAGACAAAAGGCUCAUCAAGAUAAAGUACUUGGCAAGAUUCCAGUUGUACGAUCAUCCUCUUCUUAUGAUACUCAUUCAUCGACUUCAGAAUUUUAGUUUCUUCUCUACAUUUAUGGAAUUUUUUUUAGAUCUAUAGCCAAUCCAUUCUCUCUUGUAUGCAUCAUCCAUAGUUUUUAUCAUUAUUUGUUCAUUGUUUUUUGUAAUAUCUCAAUAAAGCAUUCAUAUAUACAACAAGAAGCGGA